AUGACCCUCCUACUCCUGUCUCUUUUCUUCCCUUUAUUCUUCCUAGCUUACAUUAGUUACAUAUUCUACCAAAAACGCCGAUUCAAGCUCCCACCGGGCCCACGCCCAUGGCCAAUCGUCGGAAACCUCUACGACGUCAAACCGGUCAGGUUCCGCUGCUACGCAGAGUGGGCACAGCAAUAUGGUCCGAUCAUCUCCGUUUGGUUUGGAUCAACUCUAAACGUUAUCGUUUCCAACAGUGAGUUAGCAAAAGAAGUACUGAAGGAAAAGGACCAACAAAUGGCGGAUCGGCACCGGAGCAGAUCGGCGGCGAAGUUUAGCAGAGAAGGGCAGGAUUUGAUUUGGGCGGAUUAUGGACCACAUUAUGUGAAGGUUCGGAAAGUAUGUACACUUGAAUUGUUUUCACGGAAGAGGCUUGAAGCUCUAAGACCAAUUAGGGAAGAUGAAGUUAGGGCUAUGGUGGAAUCUAUUUUCAAGGACUGUACUCAUCCUGGUAAGUCUAUUCUUUUUUAA